CGUCCAGCAGCUGAUCGGUAAUCCAGAAGAAGUUUCCCCUCAGUUAGGGGGGAGCUCCACUUUGAAGCAGGAGACUCCACAACCACCCUGCAUUAAAAAGGAAGAGGAGGAACUCUGCAUCACUCAGGAGGGAGAGUGUCUUCUAGGACGAGAGGAAGCUGAUUACACCAAGUUUCCACUAAGUAUUCUCUCUGUGAAGACUGAAGAUGAUGAAGAGAAACCACAAGUAGACAACCUCUUAGCUCCACUAUCAGAUAGUGAGGCUGAAGACGAGGUUGAAGAACCUUCGAGCAGCGAUACAGACUGUGAAGGUGAUAUGAGGACUCACACUGACAACAAACACUCUGAAUGCUCUUCAAAGAAGAGAGGUAAAACAUGUUUGAGCUGCUCGGUUUGUGCUAAAAGCUUUUCUGUUCAGGGCAUGUUGACUCGACACAUGAGAACACACAAAGGGGAAAAACAAUUUAAUUUUUCAGUUUGUAGCAAAAGCUUUUCUCGAAAUUACCGUUUGACUCGACACAUGAAAACACACACAGGUGAAAAAACAAUUAAUUGUUCAGUUUGUGGCAAAAGCUUUCCUCAAAAUUGCCGUUUGACUCAACACAUGAGAACACACACAGGUGAAAAACCAUUUAACUGUUCAGUUUGUGGAAACAACUAUUCUUUAAAGAGCCGUUUGACUCAACACAUGAGAAUACACACUGGUGAAAAACCAUAUAACUGUUCAGUUUGUGGAAACAACUAUUCUUUAAAGAGCCGUUUGACUCAACACAUGAGAACACACACAGGUGAAAAACCAUUUAAUUGUUCAGUUUGUGGCAAAAGCUUUUCUGUUAAGAGCCUUGUGACAAAACACAUGAGAACACACACAGGAGAAAAACCAUUUAAUUGUUCCGUUUGUUGCAAAAGCUUUUCUAUUCAGAGUAAUUUGACUGAACACAUGAGAACACACACAGGUGAAAAAUUAUAUAAUUGUUCAGUUUGUGGCAAAAGCUUUUCUGUUAAGAGAUAUUUGACUCGACACAUGGGAACACACACUGGACUAAGAUCAUUUAAUUGUUCAGUUUGUGGUAAAAGCUUUCCUAAUAACAGCUCUUUUUGGCGACAUGUGAGAACACACGCUGGAGAAAAAACAUUUAGUUGUUCGGUGUGCUGUAAAAGGUUCCCACAUAAUGCAGACGCAGUAAAACACAUGAGAACACACAAGGGAAAAUAAUCAAUUAGCUGUUUAGUUUGUGGUAUGUUGCUCAUAUGUGGCGACAUCCACCCUACCCAGGACCUCCUCACUGCUUCUUUCACAAAUAUCUGAGGUAUUCAUACAAACUUGGAUUAUUUGGAGCACAAUCUUGUCUACUCAUGACCCCAUGUCUUCUCUGUAUCUGAAACCUUCCUGAACAGUAAGAUAGAUGAUGCUUCAAGUGCUUGGUUACUCCUUCAGUCGAGGGACCUGCGGCCUCAUGUGUCCAGUUAGCGCACGCUCAAAAACCUGCACUACACCCUUUUUGUUGAGAUGUAUCAAAACUGACGUUGUGAUGCUGGGUAACUGUUUGCAUAACAAACUGCCAACUUUUACUCCCCAGACUGAUU